ACACACACACACACACACACACACACACACACACACACACACAUGCUGCUGCAGACAGCUCUGCCGGCUGAACCAGCGUGUGCCUGCCACUGUUAGCUUCCAGCAGCUCACAGUUAGCAUUUUAGCCUCUUUCUUGCUCUAGUUUAAGAAAGAGAAGAAGAAGCAGAAGAAGAAGAAGUGUACGAAGCCGGCUGCCUCUUGUGUCUGCUGCCUCUCCCUCCCUCACCCUCCCUGCCUCCAUCCUCUCUCUCUCUCUCUCUCUCUCUCUCUCUCUCUCUCUCUCUCGCUCACACACAUCCCCAUCACAUCCACACCCACAGCCAAGGAAGGAUACCCUCCCUGCCUCUCUUCCUGUCUCUCUCACACCAGCCUCCCCCCUUCAGCCCCUCCAACCACAUUUUUUUUCCACAUCCUCCUGGGAAGGAGAUGCUCGUCUGACCCCCCGAUCUGAGACUUUUUUUGUGUGGAUGCUCUCCUCUUUAAUCCGUCCCUGCUCUCCUACUUUGUUGCUACCUGUGGAGGUUCCCUGGUUCCCUGCUUCUUCUGCCAGCCGUCGCACAGGGCGCAGCCCCGCAGAGAGGCACCAUGCUGGGAGUGGACGUGUGUGAGUUUGGGGGUCAGGUGCUGGAGCUGCUGUGGUUGACUAUGUGCUACAGAGGUCUAAUGGCUGACAAAAAGGAUUUGCCUAUUGAGGAGGAAGAAGAUGAGAGAAACCUAAACUACAACCCCCCGGCCCAGAAGUCUUUGGAGGAGAUUCAGAAAAUGGACGAAGAUGACGAGAGUCUGGUCAAGUACAAGCAGACCCUGCUGGGGACAGUACCCAUUACAACAGACCUGUCUGGGUCGAAUGUCCAGGUGACCAGACUGACCCUGCUGUGUGACGAGGCCCCUGCGCCAUUAACCAUGGACCUGACAGACCUUCAAGCUCUGAAAGAGAAGACCCUCGUCUUAAAGGAAGGAGUGACAUACAGACUAAAGAUAGACUUCAAGGUGAACAGAGAAAUCGUCGCUGGCUUGAAGUACAAUCAUGUGAUCCACAGAAAAGGGAUAAAGGUGAACAAGGUGUCACACAUGGUGGGCAGUUACGGCCCAAAGGCGGAGGAGCACGAGUUUGUGGGCCCGGUUGAUGAGACGCCCAAAGGCCUGAUGUCACGCGGCCACUACGGCGUCCAUUCCCGCUUCAUCGACGACGACAAGAACAUCUACUUGGACUGGGAGUGGAACUUCGACGUCAAGAAGGACUGGGAUCAAUAGAGGGAGAGAGAUGAGGCUACUCUUACCUUUUCGCCCCCUAUUCUUCACCUCCAUCUUUUCCCUCCCCUCUGUUGCCCUGUGAGAGCGGCCUUGCAGCGGCCCAAGACAGGAAACUCUCCUCCUCUUCCUCCUUAUUCUCCUCUUCUACCUUUUUCAUCUUUGUCUGUUUAAUGCAGGUGCCCUGAAACCAGGCAGGGACCUUUAGAGAAGAGAACCCCCCCACCCCCGCCUUCUGUCCCCGCAGUUAUAUUGUUAUUUUACUCAUCCAUGUGGAGCUGUCCACAUGACGAGGCUUCUGGGAUGAUAAGUCUCCAUUUUCGUUUAGUGUCAUGCGUCUGUCUCCCACCCUUCCUACUCAUCCUUUUGUGUAUUCCUGCCUUCAUAAAGCAGCAGUGGAGGCUCUGCAGAGGUGAUCAAAGGAAGUCAGUCUGAGGCACAAAGGGAAAUAAUACAUAUGAUGCAUAAUUACAAACGUUCGAUAUCUGUCAAACAGACUUUUCCAAAGAGAAGAGAUGAAAUAUGUAAAUACAGAGUGCAUUAGUUUAAAGUUUAACAGUAAAAGUGCGCUGAGAGGAGCGACACAAGGCAAAGAUACUGUGUCAGAUAAAAAGGGCAGCCUGGUCGGAAGUUGGUUAGUCGGGUUUAUCUGCCCGACUUUUCUCGCUCACCAACAGGUUCAGCUGUAGCUGGUUUUUCAUCCACCUGUUUCUUUAUGCAGAUUAAAGAACAAACUGAGUGGAAAUGCAGAAAAUUGAAAAGGGAAUAUUGAAAAUCACAAAAAAAAAUGUUCUUUCCCCUGGCUGAGUCAAGAGUUGGUGUAUUGUUGAAAACAAAAUGUGACAAAGUGCAACGGAAACACACGUAGUGGAUUAAUGUGAUUUAAACAUCCACUGAAGCCUCCGCUUCACUGGAGUAAUGACAUAAUGUGGAAAGUAUCAGAUGUGGAGGUUUAACGUUACUCAGAUUAUACAUGAAAGAGACAGAAAUGCCACAUUAACACUAUAUUUUCUACACUGUUUCUGCCAUUUGAGGUUUGGGUCUUCUUCUUCUGCAGUGGUGCAAAGGAACCCAACUGGACAGUUCGUGGCCGAUCCGCUCUGCGAUGUAAGAGUGGUUGGCGAUUGGUUAGGGUUCGAGUUACCCAGAAGCCAGGCAUUUAGCACCUGAGCCACACAGAAGUACAGAAUGGAUCAAUAGUGGAUGUAAAUGCGCAAUAACUCCCUUUGCUUUUGCCAAUUUCCUCAAAAAUUCAGUUAAAAUGUGCGCUACAUUUAUAAGGAAACCUGGCUGGCUCAUGGAGCAGUUACAGUACUGUAAAACAGCUAGCAUCUGAUCACACCCUCCACAUCAGAAUUCAUAUAGCUACCAUUAGUCGCAGAUCGAAUCUGAGCACACAGACAUGAUGCCCAUUACUAGAAUCAGAGUGACAAGCCUUUCCGACGGUAUCAUCGUCUCCAGUGUCCAUCUUUAAUGUCCAUAAAUCGACUUAGAAAUCGUAUAAAAAGACGUUUCGUAUAACUUGCCUGAGAAUCAUCAUGUUUUUACAGUUUCUGAAUGUGAAAGUGCUCUUUGCGACAGCUGUGUCACGGGUGCACUGCAGACUAAUUUGGGAUAUUUUUUUAAGCUGUGCCAGUUUCCCGACAAAUACAUUGUGGGAGCUGUAGUUCCAAAACCUAUGGCACGAUUUUCCCCCCAAAUAGCAGCAAGAAAGAGAUUAAUAGCAGAGGUGAAAAAUUACAUUUACACUGUCAGCCCUCUGGUUUAGUUUAUAAUCUCUUGGGAUUCAUCAUUUAUCUGAUCAUAGGGUUUAGAUUGAUUGGUCUGUUCGCUAAUUAAGUUAAGGUGUUGAGUCAAACAUGCAGAUAUCACAGAAAAAACAUUAAGAAAUAGUAUACAUCAUCAACUUUACAAGAAGUAAAACAAUACUUUGAAAUUAUAUAUAAAAGGACUCUCUAAUCAUCUAAAUUUUGUCGUAUCAAACCAUUAAUUAACUGUGAAGAGGAGACGCAUCACCUCUCAAGAUCUUUGACUUGUGUUCUUUUCAAAUUUCAACAUGGUGUGUCGUGAAAUUGACGUUCGCUUUUCCAAAGCACCUGUCUACUUGAGUCUUUGUGGAGCAGACCAAUUAAAGACUGUAACUGAACUGUGCAUAUUGUAGAAAGACGUGCAUGUAUGUCCUUUAGGAUUUGAAGCUCUUUGCUCAGUUAAAAAAAAAAAAAAAAAGAAGAAAAAAAAAAGAACAAAACUAGCCCUUUCUAAACCUCUCUCGUAUACCAGGGACAGAAGAUGUGAAUAAGAUUCUGCUUUGAGCAUUAAUGAAACAUUUUCAGGUGGUAGCUGAAAGUGACAGUCGAUAAAACGUAUGUCAAGGGACGAAGAGAUUCUCCUUCAAUAAAAUAAGAAAUAUCAUUAUUGUGUUAAGUCUUUAGAUAUGAUAUUGUCAUUGUUGCUGAACAUAUUGAACAUUGAGAUACCAUUUGAAAUCGUUGUGAUCUAAGACUAACUGUAAAUGUUGGCUUGUUGGGUGUUGCAUGGUUUAGCAAGAUUCUCUCUCUUCCUUUUUUUACGACUUUAUUGUAAAAUUUAACGUGGUUUUGAGAAAAAUAAGAUACUGACGCAAUAUCCAGAUGUCAAUGGUUGCCAUAAAUUGCAGGUACAGUAUAUCCAGGGAUAAUUUUUAAAGGCACGGAUAGCUGGAAACAUUCGUCUGUGUCUAAUGCCCCAGCCUGUAACGAUCAAGUGCUGCAUCCGCAAAUAUUGGUGUCAACUCUAGUAUCCUGUAUCUUUUAAUAAAGGCAAUUCAAACAACCA